AUGUCGAGCGCGUCCUUCACCCUCGACGUGCCAACGGUGCUCUGCAUCGUCUUCUCGCUCUCGUUCAUGCCAAUAGCAUACCUCCUCAGCAAAACCCUAAUCCCAGCAACCCAAACCCGCAACCGCAUCCUCUUCUUCUGGCACGCAUACGACGCGCUCACCCACCUCUUCGUCGAGGGCUCAUUCCUAUACGAGUGUUUCACGAGUUACACCACAAUUGCAGGCAUCCACAGCGUGGGCCCGUUCUUCCUGAACGAGCCGACCCGCAUCUACGGCCCGGCCUACGGCACGGGUCCCAGCGCGCGCCUGUGGCAGGAAUACGCAAAGGCCGACCACCGCUGGGCCGGCGCCGAUCUCACCGUCGUGUCGCUGGAGCUGCUGACGGUUCUUGUGGGCGGACCUGCCGCGGUUUAUAUUUGCUACCUGCUGUGCCGGUCGUCCAAUACCGCGAUCAGUGCCGAGACCCGGGGUAAGGCCCGCGCGACGCUGUGGCUUGUUGCGACGGCGCUCGCGACUGCUGAGCUCUAUGGCGGGUUCAUGACUUUUGCGCCCGAGUGGCUGACUGGUAGCUCCCAGCUUGCUACUCAGGAUCCCGUUUACCUCUGGUUGUAUCUGUUCUUCUUUAAUACCCUCUGGGUGUUUAUCCCGCUGUGGGUGCUGUGGGAGGCGGCGAAGGAGCUGCGCGCUGCUUUUGUUGCGGCCGAGGAGGGGCUGAGUGGUCGUAAGGCCCAGUGA